AAUGCUAAUAAGUGUAAAAACCAUGGUACUUUUCUUAUAUCUGUCAAAUGAACUGAAUAGAACGCAUCUCCGGAGGCCUUAAAAGUAAACUGUCACCGAUUCGAUAUAACUAGUGCAAGCUGCAUGCCUGAACUGUUCAACUAAACAGCUAAAGCUACAACCAGCACUUGAAUAAGCGUUGUCAACAGCUUCCAACUGAGGUCAUGGAGCGUGCAACAGCUAUUCGGUGCGAUUUCAUGACAGGCCCAGUUACCGCUUUGCAAAUUAUCACAGACAACUUUGUUUUGGCAGGAAUCGGAAGCUAUCUUCACACUCUUGAUAUUUCUCAACAGAGAAGCAUAUCCUGUGAGUUGGUGUUGCCAUGUCGCUGUAUUCAUGGAAUCAGAGCAUUCAAAGGUCAGCUAGAGUCAUCAACUCUGGCAGUGUUUGGCGAAAAAAGCAUUACAGUGAUAGACUUUCAUCUACCUGCAAAGAAAACACAGAGCAGUGCAUUUGAUGAUGAAACUUCUAAAAAUGCUUGCAGCGUGACAUCAAAAGUGGAUCUGACAGAAUUUGAAGACUGGAUUUGGGAUGUAUUGUUUUUAGGCAAUGAGAAGAAUGAUAAUUUGGCUUUAGCUUUAGGACAUAACACUGUGAUUCUGUGGAACUGGAAACAGAACCAGAUAGUGGAGAAGGUGACCUGUGUAGAAAACUGUAUAUUAUAUUGUGCUAAGUUUAUCAAUUCUAAUUGGGAUCAAGUUCUUUUGGCUGCUGGAACUGUUUUCAAUGAAAUAUUGUUGUGGGCCCCAAAAGGUCAGAAGUCAGAGUCUGGUCAAGUGACAGUCUUAAAAAGUCUAAAAGGACACAAGGGAGUAAUUUUUUCUGUGGAGUAUUUCCACCAGAAACAGAUGAUGUGUUCAGCCUCAGAUGAUCGCAGCAUCCGACUUUGGCUGUUCAGAUUUGAGAACUCUUCUGCUCCCAGUGAGCUUGAGACUCCUCUGGAAUUAUGGGAAAACAGCAGCUGUUCCUGUGUUGGGGUGUUUUAUGGUCACUCAGCCAGAGUGUGGGAUGUCAGAUUACUGUCCACAACUCUGGUCAGUGUUGGAGAGGACUCAACAUGCUGUGUAUGGAAUUACAAUGGAGAUAUUCUUCAGAAGUUUAAAGGUCAUAAGGGUAAAAGUAUUUGGAGUUUAACAGUUGAUGACAAAGAAAGAUUUGUGGUGACAGGAGGGGGUGAUGCCAGUGUUCGUCUCUGGUAUUUGUCAUCAAGGUCAGAAAGGUCAAAUUACAGAACGCAUGCUCUCCAACUGCCACAUACGCCACCUGGAAAGGUAGAUGACUACCCACGCUCAGUAGCUCUGCUAAAUCAUGAUGAGAUUAUCAUCAUAACCAAUGAAGGGUAUUUGUACUUGUAUGAGGUUGAGGAAAAAAGAUGGCUGACUCUACAGGCUGAUUCAGAAUUCAGGUCUUAUACAGUGAUGUCUGUAGCUCAUACAAAACAGAGAUGUUUUACAUUGGGAAAUAUCCAUGGAACACUCAGGAUUUUUACCUGUAGAGAUGCAACAUGUAAGUCAAAUUGGGUGAACAAGGACUGGAGGAUAUGUAAUGGUAAAAUAAUGAGUGUCCAUUGGUUGUCUGGUACCCAGCUUCUCACCACUGGUCUAGAUGGAGAAAUAAAAUUGUGGAACUUUGAAGUUGUGUCCAUGCAUUUAGAGUGUUGUGGAAUGUACACUCUUCCUGUGUGUAAACAUAGAUGGGUGUCAGCUGCUGUAGUUAGUCACGGAUCACUGAUCUGUGGGGACAGAGGGGGCACCAUCCAUUUGUAUCAUCUGGGAAGUGACUGUAAGAAUCCAUCUCAGAGUUUCCCCAAAAUUCAUGGAAAAACAGGUGUGACUAGCAUUUGUUUCUAUGGAGACAAUAUUUACACAACAGGAAGAGAUGGUUGCUAUAGAGUGUUCAGCCAUGAUGCUGGUCACAUGACCUUGUUAAACAGCUACCGUGUGUACAAGGGCUUUGAGUGGAUUGACAGACUUCAGAUAGCUGAAGAAGGAGCAGAUUUUUUUGUCUUUGGAUUUCAGUCAAGUGACUUUGUUUUAUGGAGUGUAAACAGCAAUCAGAAGCUCAUACAGAUUCCUUGUGGUGGAGGUCAUAGGUCAUGGGACAGCAACACCAAGGGAGACAACUUCAGAUUUGUUUAUCAGAAAACAAGGGAGGUGAUUGUAUGUGACACCAAACUCCAACAGAAUCAAGUGAAGCUCAAGAGUGCUCUACACGGAAGGGAGAUAACUUGUGUUAGAUUUCUUGAUGCGAGAGAGGAUGGAUGCAUUAUUUUAACUGGAAGUGAGGACACAAGUGUACAGAUAUCAAGUAUAAAAUAUAAUGAUUAUGCAGUGAAAGAAAUGUCUUGCAUAGAGUACCUGAAUGGACAUAUAUCUAGUGUGAGGGCCCUCUGUUUAUGCCCCUCCUACAAACAGUCACAUGACCAGAAGUCCAUGUUAAUGUUUUCUGCUGGUGGCAGAGCUCAGAUGUUGGUAUGGAGAUUGACAGUAGAAAACUCCACCUCCCUAGUAACUGAGAAUCUGUGCAGCUUCAUGAUUGGUCAGAUCAAAAGAAAAGGAAGAACCAGGAUGUGGAAACUACAGCAGAUAAAACUGAAUCCAGAGACGAGGUUUAUGGACCUUAGUAGUGUUCAGCUCACAAGAGUGUGGACAGAAUUUCCAGAUCAUUUACAUGUCCUGGCUUCUGCCUGCUCAGAUGCUUAUGUUAGGUUAUACAUUUUUGAUGAAGAAAAGAGAGACCUUACUCUUCUAAUGGAAUCUGUCUUUCAUGAACACUGCGUAUUAAAAGUGUCCACACUCACAAGAAAGAACAAAACAGACUCGGAACUGUACAUACUGUCUGCUGCAACUGAUGGUCAGAUAGCAUUCUGGAAAAUAAACAAAGAAAAUAUCUCCCUUAUUGUUAAAAAUAGAGUGGAAUCACGUCCUGAAAAAGUAAAAAUGGAGAGGACUUUCUCUUCCAUAGAGAGUGAUAUAGGAAACAAUAUCAGUAAUAGUCUCAGGGAGCAGUGUGAUAUGAAAAACUCUUUGAUAUCUGCCUCAAAUACAUGUGAUACUGAUGAUAAACAGGAAGCAAGAAGUGAUUUACAGUACUCUCAGUACAGUGAUGAUAGUUCAGGAGUAUGUUAUGAAGCUGAUGGCAUACACGAAGAUUUUGACGGAUCUCUGGAGACAGACUCGGUUGAUAAAGAGGCCAUGGAAAUAAUGAGACCUGGAUUUGUCCUGAGUCACCAUCAGUCAGGUGUCAAUGGAAUGGAUUGGCUCCAUUAUAAAGAUGAUGACUUCCUGAUAGCCAGUGGUGGGGAUGACAAUGCUAUAUGUAUUUCAUUGGUUCAGUUUGAUGAUGAUGUCAUCAGGGUCAAGGCUAAAGGGUCCUGUUUAUGUGCUCAUGCAACAGAAAUAACAGGUGUGAAGUUUCUAUCUCCCAGUAAGCUGUUAUCAGUGUCCAUUGAUCAGAGGCUUAUACUGUGGGAUCUCAGGGUUAAUAGUGAUCAUAUACAGGUACAGCAGCUUAGUUGUAAGUUUGUGUGUGUGACUGACAUAUCAAACAUGGACAUCUUGAAAGUUGACAAGGAUAGAUUUACUGUUGUGGUAUCUGGUGAAGGAUUAGCAACCUUUGAAGUACAUGUGCAGACUCAGUGUGAAUAGCAUGUGUUGUGCCUGUGGCUACAAAAUGAGACAGUUAUACUGUAACACACAAUUACACAUGCAGAAAAUUAUGUUUACAUUAGUUUCUCUUAAGCAUAUGCAUGUAGCUGAAAAGA